ACCUUGUUGCUGUUCUCUCUCUGCUGCACACCGUGACUGAAGACGACGAGUGGACUUCUUUAUAUAUGAGUGAACGAGUAAUCCAGAUGACGUGGAGCAGAUGAUCUCCAGGUUCCUGCUGCUCAUGGCGCUGAGCUGCUGUGUCUGUGGAACAUUAGUAGUGAACGUGGCUCAACCCUCCUAUCAGGCAGAGGAGGACCAGGACGUCACACUGGAGUGGACCUUCACACCCAAACCUGACCGCUCAACACAACAUCUCUAUGUCCUCUGUGACAUGUACAAUGAUCACAAACACACAAACCUGUUUCGUCUACAUGAAGGAGUCGAGAUCCCAGAGUCUCAGGAUGAAGAGUUUUCAGGACGAGUCCAGUGUGACAAAGACGUCCUCAGAGAGGGACGAGUCAGACUUCAUGUGUCCUCACUCAGGACUGAAGACUCAGGCUGGUACAGGUGUGAAGUGUUCACUGACUCUGGUGUCAGCUUGGACCGAUGUAAUCUCACUGUGACUGCUGUUCAUGAGCCUGAAGAUCAGAGACCAACAGAGAGACCAGAACCAGGAGAUCAGAGUUGGGGAAGGAUUGCUUUCUUCGUUGUACUGGCAGCAGCAUUAUCACUGACUCUCUGUGUCUUCAUUCUGCAUGUCUUUAAAUCUGUUUGUUACACCAGAAACAAGUCUACAGUCGAGUAUAACCAGUGUUCCCCAGGGGAACAGAUCAGGAUGCAAAAGAGUCCGAGUCGAAGCUGAAGCUUUCAUUGUUCCAGAUGUUGAAGGUUUGAGGUCCAACAUGGAACAGGGACUGUGGCUCAGAGGUGGAGCGGGUCAUCCUCUAUCUGGUCUGGUGGUCUGAUCCCCAGCUCCUACAGUCCAUGUUUUCUAAAGCAGCCCCUCAGAGAAACGUUGUCUACGUGAUCUCAUCAGUGGACGUUUUCAGAGACGUUACUUCAGCAUCAAACUUCUCCUCCAUCUCCUGCGGCUGUUUUGGAACAAUAAGAAGGGACUACCUCAGCACCUCUCCUCUCCUCCUGAUGGGACUUGGUGCUGCAUUCAUUUGGGCUUGUUAAUCAGACUUUCACUCAUGAAAAUUUUAACCACACACAAAUGUUGUGUUGUGGAGCACAUUGUACCCUGGUAGAUCUGCAGAUCUAAUCAGGUCCAGAGUUUAGUGAGUGUGUUGGUCAAAGACUCAGCUUCUCAUCAGGUGUCAUUCAAACUCAGUUAAAAUUAUCUGCUGUCAAAAUGUACUGUUUGUAAAGUGUUCAUGCUGUAAAUAAAGAUUCAUUUAUUCAGA